AUGGUAAUUCAUGGAACUCACAUGGUCCGAGUUUUAGUGGUUUGGUGCAUUGUGGCUAGUCCUAGUGCACGAGCUAUGAACCAUGGCGCCUAUGCACUCUCCUUCGACUACAAGGACGCAUUUAGCAAGGCGAUAUUAUUCUUUGAAGGCCAACGUUCCGGAAAAUUGCCCUCGACUCAGCGAGUUAAAUGGCGUGAUGACUCAGCCCUCUUCGAUGGGGAGUCUAAGGGUGUGAAUUUAAGCGGUGGAUACUAUGAUGCUGGUGAUAAUGUGAAGUUUGGGUGGCCAAUGGCGUAUACAAUAUGCUUGUUGAGUUGGACUGCGAUCGAGUACCCUAGACAAAUAAACUUCGUGAAUCAACUCGGUUACCUACAGUCAGAAAUCCGUUGGGGCUCCGAUUUUAUCCUCAAGGCACACAUUUCGUCCACAAAACUUUACACCCAGGUAGGAGAUGGAAACAGAGAUCACUCAUGUUGGGAGCGGCCCGAGGAUAUGGACACCCCACGAACCGUAAUAGAGAUCAACGCUUAUUCUCCGGGGACCGAGGUGGCAGCUGAGUCUGCAGCCGCACUCGCUGCCGCAUCCAUUGUUUUUAAAGCGGUUGACUCUAAAUACUCAUCAAAACUACUAAAGCAUUCAAAAUCAUUGUUCGAGUUCGCUGACAAAUACAGAGGAUCGUACCAGGGUUCUUGCCCUUUCUACUGCUCCUACUCUGGUUACAAUGAUGAGUUGUUGUGGGCAUCGGCUUGGCUAUACAAAGCAACUGGAGAAAGCCGAUACUUGAACUAUGCCAUAAGCAAUCAAAGGUGGAGCCAAGCCGCUACAGAGUUCAGUUGGGAUAACAAGUUUGUGGGAGCUCAGACAUUACUAGCAAAGGAAUAUUUUGCUGGCAAAAGCGACUUGGAGACGUUUAAAGCCGGAGUGGACUCGUUUGUAUGCGCCGUGAUGCCAAAAAGUGGCUCCGUCCAAAUCAGGACUACUCCUGGUGGACUAUUGUACACUAGAGAUAGUAGCAAUUUACAGUAUGCUUCAGGUGCUUCCAUGGUGUUACUUGCCUACUCCAACGUACUCAUUGGAGGCGUCCAAUGCGGCCCUACCAAAUUCACUCCUGAUCAGAUCAAAUCCUUUGCAAAAUCCCAGGUUGACUACAUUCUUGGAAAAAACCCUCUAAAGAUGUCAUACAUGGUUGGGUACAGUAGCAAGUAUCCAACACAUGUGCACCACCGAGGUGCAUCCAUCGACUCAGUCUAUGCUCACCCAGCUAAGGUCGGUUGCAACGAUGGCUACUCAAGCUACUAUUCUUCUAGUAAUCCGAACCCUAAUAUCCAUGUGGGUGCGAUUGUUGGAGGGCCAGACUCAAACGAUGGGUUCGCUGAUAUGAGAUCAGACUCUUCACAUUUAGAACCCACAACUUAUAUGAAUGCCGCUUUUGUCGGAUCCGUGGCUGCGUUUCUUGGUGAUAAUAGUAAUUGCAAAUUAGAUUGGCUUCAAAUCCCAAAAACAAAUCUUGAUGAUAUCAUCUAG